AUGCAGCUGAUCGGCCCCGCAGUCGGAGGUUGGACAUACGGCCUCGUUGAAGACUUCCCAGCCUUGCUGCCCAGCCUCGUGGGAUGUGCUUUGAGUAUUCUUGCUCUGGUCCUUUUCUCAGGGGUCCACCAGACAUUCUCGCAGGAGCACCCCGUCGAGGAGAAGGCAGAAGCGGCAGAAGCAGCAGAAGGGGCAGAAGCAUCGCUUGCCAAGUCCAAGUCGUUGCUUUUCCAAUGGCCUUUGCCUCUGGUCUUCCUCAUGCGCUUUGCAGGAGGAUGUGCGUCGUACACCAUGUACGAAGCAGUGCCGUUGUGGCUCAUCUCUGACACCGAUUUGGGUGGAUUCGGAAUGACUGAGAAGACGGUGGGCUCUUUUCUGUGCAGAUCGGGCCUGUGGAACAUCAUCUACUUCACGUGGAUAUUGCCAUGGUGUUCCAAGCGGUUUGGAAGUCGCUGCUACUCUAUUGUGACAAGCACCAUUGCGACAGUCACGGCUUGCAUCUUGCCCUUUUCCAUCAACAUUCCAUCCGCCAAUGUCUUGCACCUCAUUUGGGCUUCUGCCCUGGUGUCCAACAAUGUAUUAAAUGCUGCCUUCACGAAUAAUGCAGCACCUCCAGAAGAUCGCCUUCUGGCAAAUGGCUUUGCAGUGACUGCUGAGACGAUUGGGAAAGCCAUUGGGCCAGUGGACUCUCGAUAUUUCAAAUAA